CUAGUGGCCCUGGCGCAAUUCUAGGCGCCGUUGUGCAAACGGGCGAGAGCUCCCGAUUCGAAUCGUAAUGUCUUAAACGUAAUCGAUUCCAGGUGCAAUGAACUCAAAAUUUCAGAUGCGGAACGCUAAGGAUGUUCAAUUGAUCGGAACGAGAAAUCGUACAACCCGACCGACUUGCUGUUGGGGUUUCUAAAUCAAAAAGAGGGCAGCACCUUUUCUUUGUCUGCGAAAUUCACCCCCUUGUGCCAUCAUGCAACAAGCAGAGCUGUUUGACGAGGAGGACUUCGGCGCUACGUCAUGCUGCGCUCCGCUCCAACUAUCGUACGCUCAGCUCAGGAAGCCCACUGAGGUAGAAGAUCUGGUGUCAGAUUGGCGGACGGAGAACGUCUUUUGGACAUGGCCGUUCUUCGGCCCGCUGCUGUUCGAGAACAGAACCAGUGAUGCGCGGGAUCAUUGCGCGAACGAACGUACAUUUCUAUCUUUCCUUCGACUGUCAGUUUAUAUGGCCGUCGUUUCCGUCGCAAUCGUCCUGUCGUUCCACCUGAAAUCGCAACCUUCUAAAUUAGAGCUACAAAUGGCGCGGCCACUCGGGUUCAUCUUCUGGUUGUUGUCACUCGCUUGCUUGAUGGUCGGAUUCUGCAACUACAUGCAAACUGUCAAUAAGUAUAGCCGGAAAGUGGCAAUAGUCCAAUCAGGAUGGAGAACACAAUCAGUUAUGUCAAUGAUAGCUUUGGCUAUAGUCGGAACCUGUAUCAUUAUGUUGGUUGUCGCGAAAUUGCAUGUCGAUGUGCAAUAAUUUGAAUAAUAUUGAAUUUUCUCUUUUCAUGGCCGGGAGAAUUGUUAGGCCCCAGUCGCAAAAACUU